AUGGGCUGUGGUUCUUCAACAAAUACAGUAAGUCCUGCGAAGGAUUCUAGUUUAAGUCAUACUGAUAUAAAAAUACAUGCUCAUCGCCAUCAAAAAACACUUGAAAACAUAGAACAAAAGGAACAACAUGCACAAAUAGAGGAUAUUGUACAGAAUUUCUUCCUAGUUUGGCUUGAUAAUCAUUUGGACGAGUCCAAGGAAGAUUUUCAUAAUUCGUUUACGAAAUUACAACGAACCAUCGAUGUCAUAGAAAAAUUUCGUGAUGCCAACGAAUGCAUCACGCAUAUUUCAAGGAGCGAAAAUAAGAAAAUUUUUCUGGUCGUAUCUGGUAAACUAACCAACGAUGUUGUACCAUUGAUGCAUGACAAGUCCCAAAUUUAUGCAAUUUAUAUAUUUUGUUUCGAUAAAUCAAAAUAUGAACAAUGGACAACAGAAAAAUGGCCCAAAGUACGCGGUAUAUUUGCAAAUAUUGACUCGAUUUGUGACUCACUUCGGCAAACAGCACGAGAAUGUGAUGAUGAUGAUAUGAAAAUUACUGGUCAAAUUGAACCAUCAUUUAUGUAUUCAAUGUUAUUUAAAGAAAUUGUUCUUGAAAUCCAUUUCGAUCUGGAGAAAGAAAUUCCAGGUCUUGCCAAAUAUGCUCGUCAGGUGUACAAGGAUAAACCAGAACAACUCCCAAUCAUCGAUGAAUUUGUCCAGCAAUAUAAUGGUAACAUCAACAACAGUCCUGUUCGCUGGUAUACAGCCGAGUGCUUCACAUACAAAAUGUUAAACAAAGCACUAGGUCGAUUGGAUGCUGCUACUCUACUUAAAACAGGUUUCUUCAUGCGCGACCUCCAUCAAAAUAUCGAAGAACUUCAUGAAAAACAAAUAAAUGAUAAUAAUGCACCAUUUCCAAAAACAGUUUACCGCGGUAAAAUUAUGACACAAGAAGACUUUAAGAACAAAAUUCAACAAGGCAAGCUCAUCUCAUACAAUAAUUUUUUAUCAACUACUGAAAAAAGAGAUGUUGCCAUUGAUUUCAUUGGCCGAGAAUUUCAACCAAGCGACAGUAAAAUUGCCGUCCUCUUCAUCAUGACUAUUGAUCCGUCGGUAAAAUCAGCUCCAUAUGCACGGAUUUCUGAAUUCAGCAAAUAUCCAGAAGAACAAGAAAUUCUCUUUUCAACACACUCAGUAUUUCGGGUCCGACAGAUUCAAGAAACAAAAGAGCGUGGCAUGAAUAUACAGCAAGUCAACUUGACGCUCACCAGUGAAAAAAAUGAUAAUGAGCUUAGUGAAUUAACAGAAAGUAUACGGAAGGACAUUGAAGGAAAUGGAUGGGAACGAAUGGGUUUGUUGCUUUGGAAAAUAAACCAGAACGAUAAGGCUGAAGAAAUCUACACGCUGUUGUUACAACAGGCAACUAGUGAUGGAGACAAAGCAUAUUGCUAUAACCAACUUGGAUUGAUCAAGAGAGACCAAGGAGAUUACAAACAAGCGCUGGACUUCUACGAGAAAUCCAUUAAAAUCAAGCAAACAAUUCUACCGGAUGAUGAUCCCAAUUUGGCCAUGUCAUACAACAACAUCGCUCUAGUGUAUAAGAACAUGGGUGACUACUCAAAAGCACUUGAAUUUUACGAAAAAGAUCUCGAAAUCACGAAAAAAGCUCUGCCUCCGAAUCAUCCCCAUUUGGCUACUUCCUACAACAACAUCGGUGGAGUGCAUAAGAACAUAGGUGACUACUCGAAAGCACUUGAAUUUUACGAAAAAGCACUUAAAAUUAGAGAAAAAUCUCUGCCUUCGAAUCAUCCUGAUUUGGGUACUUCCUACAACAACAUUGGUCAAGUGUGUAACAACAUGGGUGACUACUCCAUAGCACUUGAAUUUUACGAAAAAGCACUUAAAAUUAAAGAAAAAGCUCUACCUCCAAAUCAUCCCUCAUUGGCUGGUAGCCACUUGAAUUUUGCAGUAUGUUACGAAAGAAUGGGAGAUUACGCAUCAGCUCUUAAGGCUCUUCAAAAUGCUUUGCAAAUUCAGCAAAAAGCAUUUCAAGAAUGUAAUCCAGCUUUUACUUCAACAUACAGUUGGUUCGGAAGAGUUUAUCGCAGUAUGAAAGAUUACUCAAAGGCACUGGGUUAUUUUGAAAAGUGUCUCGCAAUAGAUCUAAAGACGUUAGCUGAAGGACAUCCCUAUCAGGCCAUUACAUAUAGUAAUAUUGGUGAUGUUUAUCGAUUAAUGGGUAACUAUGAAAAGGCACUUGCAUUUCAUCAAAAAGCAUUAGAUAUUCAAGAAAAUGUUCACUGUAAUCCUCUUCAAUGUGCAGCGACAUAUACAAAUUUAGGUGAAACUUAUCGAAAAAUGCAAGAUUAUUCAACAGCAUUGUCAUAUUUUCAAAAAGGAUUAGAAAUACGAGAAAAGAAACUACCAAAAAGUCAUCCUGAUUUAGCUGUAAUUUAUCAUAAUAUGGCAAAAUUAUAUUUAUCUACUGGGCAAUAUAAUAUGGCAAUGAAAAAUGUUCAACAAGCAAUAGAAAUAGCUCAAGAAAAAUUACAUUCAACCCAUCCUCAUCUUUUGGAAUAUAAAGAAACAUUUGAAAAAAUUCGAAAGGAAAUGUAA